CCAGCUCGCCGCGUCUAUCCUCUCCGUCUCCUUCGCGGUUUUAUUUAUUUAUUUCCGUUCCCGCCUGCGUUCCCGGUGACCUUCACUCUUCCGCGGGCUCCGGGCAGAAGAGUGGCUUUCUAGUCCGCCGGAGACUCCUUUUCGUCGCCUGGGGAGCUGCGGUGGCGCUGCUCCGCCCCACGCCCCGGGGACUCCCGGGCUACGCGGUCCAUCCAGGCGCCCCGGGCCUCUCCACAGCCUGGUUUUCCAGGUUUUGAUUGUUUUUUUUGUUUUUUUUUUUUUUUUUUCCCCUGGUACGGGUUUUGGCUUGCACGGCUGAGGUGUGUGUCUCCUCUCUUUGGAGGGGCUGGGGAGCUGCGGGCUGGUCGUCUUCGGGAGUAAACCCUCUUGGCUCUGUCUACUUGGCUCUGUCUCUUCGGGGCCUCACCCGACCCAAACCAAAGACCAUGGUGCACUGUGCCGGCUGCAAAAGGCCCAUCCUGGACCGCUUCCUCUUGAACGUGCUGGACAGGGCCUGGCAUGUCAAGUGCGUCCAGUGCUGUGAAUGUAAAUGCAACCUGACCGAGAAGUGCUUCUCCCGGGAAGGCAAGCUCUACUGUAAAAACGAUUUCUUCCGAUGUUUCGGUACCAAAUGCGCGGGCUGCGCGCAGGGCAUCUCCCCUAGCGAUCUGGUGCGGAGAGCGCGGAGCAAAGUGUUUCACCUGAACUGCUUCACCUGCAUGAUGUGUAACAAGCAGCUUUCCACCGGCGAGGAGCUCUACAUCAUAGAUGAGAACAAGUUCGUUUGCAAAGAGGAUUACCUAAGCAACAGCAGUGUCGCCAAAGAGAACAGCCUCCACUCGGCCACCACCGGCAGUGACCCUAGUUUGUCUCCGGAUUCUCAAGACCCGUCGCAGGACGACGCCAAGGACUCGGAGAGUGCCAACGUGUCAGACAAGGAAGGUGGUAGCAAUGAGAAUGAUGAUCAGAACCUAGGCGCCAAGAGAAGGGGGCCUCGCACCACGAUCAAAGCCAAGCAGCUGGAGACUUUGAAGGCCGCCUUCGCUGCUACGCCCAAGCCCACUCGCCACAUCCGCGAGCAGCUGGCUCAGGAGACUGGCCUCAACAUGCGGGUCAUCCAGGUUUGGUUCCAGAACCGGCGCUCCAAGGAACGCAGGAUGAAGCAGCUGAGCGCGCUGGGCGCCCGGCGCCACGCCUUCUUCCGAAGUCCGCGCAGGAUGCGGCCGCUGGUGGACCGCCUGGAACCAGGCGAGCUCAUCCCCAACGGCCCGUUCUCCUUUUACGGAGAUUACCAGAGCGAGUACUACGGUCCCGGGGGCAACUACGACUUCUUCCCGCAAGGCCCCCCGUCCUCGCAGGCGCAGACGCCCGUGGAUCUACCCUUCGUACCGUCGUCCGGGCCGUCUGGAACGCCCCUGGGCGGCCUGGAGCACCCGCUGCCCGGCCACCACCCAUCGAGCGAGGCGCAGCGGUUCACCGACAUCCUGGCGCAUCCUCCAGGGGACUCGCCCAGCCCGGAGCCCAGCCUGCCCGGGCCUCUGCACUCCAUGUCGGCGGAGGUCUUCGGGCCCAGCCCACCCUUCUCAUCGCUGUCGGUAAACGGCGGGGGGAGCUACGGGAACCACCUGUCCCACCCCCCUGAAAUGAACGAGGCGGCCGUGUGGUAGCGGGGUCUCUCCCACCGUCCGAAGAGUUCGUGAUUGUACAGAAACGAACUUUUAUUUAAGAAAAAUAGAGAGAGAGAGAGAGAACGAGAGAGAAAAAAAAGAAAAAGAAAAAAAAUAGAAAAAGCAAACGUCCCCUCGCGCUACUUUCUCCAGUCUCGGAAGACCAUUCUCGGUAUGGAGAGACCAGAUGGGGGAAAGGUGGGGGGGGACGAGCGGGGGCAGGGACAUAAAAUAGGAUCCAAAUUCGACUCGAGGUGGGACUGGGAUCCGUGUCCUGGCUGCAAAACUGGACAUCCCGAAGGGCAAUGCAGAGCUUUCCUCACUGCCCACCCGGACCCGGAUCGCUGGCUGGACUCCGACGGUCUGUGCUCCUGGCCGGCGAAUGGCCUAAAGAUGUCUACGCCGGCCGCAGGCGGGCAGAGCAAUUGGUGAUGCCAGGCGCUUGCUUAGGGAGGGAGGCCGCGAGGCAGCGCAGCCGGGCCGGGGUGGUGAAGUGGUCGGAGGCCGCUCCGGGCACAGCCUGGAGGGUUUUCUAACUCUGGGAUAUCUCUUGUUAGUGUUGUCUCAGAGUUCAUCCACCACAGCGACAACAAACUCUUAUAGCUUCAGACACACCGACCUGCUGUGCAUCAGGUGGGACUAUAUAUAUAUAUUUUUUGUCUAUCUGAGUUUUUGGUUUCUGUUUUUGCCAAAAUUGCAAAAUUCUAAAUGUAAAGCCCUCAGUAUCAACUAUUCUACCUUCACAAAGCUACACACACACACACACACACACACACACACGGACAGGAUGGUCUCCAGCCAGACCUCUCGGUAAAAUGACUUGAACAUCAGCUGUACAAGAAAAGUAUUCUACUUUCACACACAAAGGUUAAAAAGAAAGACUAUUGAACUAAAAAAAAAACAGUCAACUGUUUACGUAUAAUGUUAAAUUCAGGAGUUCAGUGUUUUACUACUCUAUCCUGUUUGAAACCUCUUGUUCAAAAACAAAACGUUUUGAGCAAUCAACCAAAAUCGUUCCUUUUCUUUUCCUGUAGAUGUUCUGACAGAUUUGCAGGGCUUACGGCUCACUGUGCUAGUAUGUAAAAAAAAGGUGUUGUUUACACAAGGCAAAGAGAAAACAUGAUAUUCAGACAGUUGCCAAAUAGAAUAAUUAUAGCACAAAUACUGUAAAGGUGCCUGGCACCAGCAACCUGAGAAAGUAUUAAAAAAAAAAAAGUGUUACAAGGUUUAAAAAAAAACAUCUUUGCUAAUUUUUAGUCCUGUUGAACAUUCAUGGAAUUGUUAAUAUGACUUAUAUAGACCCACACAGGUUUUAUUUUUGUGUCUUUAAAAUAAAAGUCCAAAAUAUUUAAAUUUUAUGGUCAAAUAUGCAGUCAACAGCUGCUACUUUUUUCUUUAUAUAUUAAAUUUCUCAUAUGUCUUUUAUUGUUCUAAUAAACCUAAGCUUGUGUGACCUCCAGUGCAUAUUAGACCAUUCACUGUAUGAAAGAAAACAUGUUGAAUAAAUUUGUGAGUUUUUAAUAAAAAUAGAAAAUCUGA